AUGUCCACUACUACCAAAAGCCCAGAACAAGCCUGCGAAAAGGUCUUCGACAGGUUACGCAAACUUGCCGAGGAGUUAAAAAAACACGAUCAUCCUGAGAUUCACUUCAACAUUCUGCAUAGUGCUCAGUAUGUCGACCACCGUAAAAUUGACGUACAGUUCAAGGCACAAGCCCGCCUUGCGCAAGCCGAUGUAGCCCAAGAAGUCACCAGCACACUUGACAGCUGCAAUCAACACCUGAAAGAUUGCCAUAUCUUGUGCAUGCGCAUGGGUACACCGCAGUGGACAGCAGAUUCGAACGCUCGAUUGACCAUGUCAUGGAACUUCUUCUUUACCUAUCUCAGCAAGGUAGCCCUGCUAUUGCAACUCGAGCUGCUGGACGCACAAGUCUUCUUGGGACUUCAUCGACAACCACCAGCUGAAGCCACCACAUCUCCGAUUGCUCCACCUCAAUCUUCAGCCCCGAACUUAUCUUUUGCCCGUCGCGAGUCCAUUCGAAGCAAUGGUGGAUCAGAAAACUUCACUAUAGAAGAGCGAAUGGAAAGAAGCCAACGAGCAGAGCGACAAAGACAGGCAAAGACACAGCAGAACCCAUUGCUCGUUACUAGGACGGGAAACAAAUUGAGAAAGUCAACCAGCCGUGCACCGUCGAUCAUCUUGGGCUUUACAGACAGCGGCAGCACCAUCAGCAGCGACAGUGGUAGAUCAUCCCUCACAGUCUCUUCCAGUCUACCACAGGUGCCAGAAGAAAAGACGCCGGCGGUCUCAAUACCUAGCAUUCCAAGGACGCCUCCUCCAGAAUACUCCAGGGAUGACUGGGACGCCAAGACGUUAAUCUCAAUGAAGGACGACAAACCCUCGAUACCAAUAACACCCAAGGCUACCCCGUCUGUUCGAUCAGUUGCUUCUGAGCCACAACUCAGCGACGCCAGCUUUGGAAGCAAUCAUACCCACUACAGUGGCAAUGUCUUCAACAUAUACCCUGUAAUGACUGGACCACCGCCAAAUCAGUUUGGAUACAUGCCUUCAACUCAAUACGGACAUCUUCCAUUUAGUCCUCCAGUACCACCUGGUUGGCAAAUGCCGAUGCCGGUUCCUCCUCCAACUCCUGUGCAUUGCCCAAUGAUCCUCCCUUCGAGAGUCAGCAGCGUUGCAUCUGUCACCAUUCCCAGCGUUCUCGGUUGA